UGCGAACCAGUGGCGUUUGUUCAAUGGAAGCAAAGGAACCAUUGCUUCACACGCGUCAUAACUGAUAACAUCAGUUUCAAAUUUUAUCGAUUUUUUUGACACUAAUACAUAUAAUCCGUGACAGGUUCGUCUUUCUUGCUUGGUGUUGUGAGCAUUUUUCGAAACAUGAAGAUCAGGUACCGCGUUUUUUUAACAAAUAUUUGUGUGCACGUGGAACUAUGCAACUUGAUAAAGUAAAACAACUAAUGUAUGUGUAAAAUGAAUAUAGGAAUAAGAACAGUUGUGUCAAGAUAUGCUGACCGUGACUGACGCAGGAGAUGUGAGAAUGACCCGGGGGUCGGCAUCUGCCCAUCGGCCACCUCUGGCCGCUCUCCUCGCCUUAGAUUUCAUCGUCGUUUUAGGAGCGGGGUUCCAACCCGAAUUUUCAGAAGCCAUAAUUAAUCGAACCGUCAUCAAGGGACGAGAAGCCACUUUCCAAUGUCUUGUCAACCAUUUGGGGGGAUACAGGGUAGGAUGGGUGAAAACCGACACCAAGGCGAUCCAAGCCAUCCACGACCACGUGAUCACACACAACCCCCGUAUCGGCGUGUCCCACACCGAUCACAACACAUGGAAUCUCCACAUCAAGAACGUACAAGAGGAGGACGCAGGCGAAUACAUGUGUCAGAUUAACACUGAUCCCAUGAAAAGUCAGCUCGGCUAUUUGGACAUCGUCAUUCCUCCCGAUAUUGUUGACGAAGGGACAUCCGGAGACAUUAUGAUACCCGAAGGUGGAAAUAUAAAGUUGAUUUGUAAAACAAAGGGACACCCAGAGCCAAAUGUACACUGGCGUCGGGAAGAUGGCAGAGAGCUUAUAGUAAGAGAGCCCACGGGAGUCCGCACUAAAGUUCACCUACAUAAGGGCCCAGAGUUGCUACUUUCGAAGAUAGGACGUUCCGAAAUGGGCACAUAUCUGUGCAUAGCUUCAAACGGAGUUCCUCCAAGCGUUAGCAAGAGGAUAACGGUCAGUGUGAACUUCCAUCCCGUAGUACAAGUACCAAAUCAAUUGGUGGGAGCGCCAUUGGGAAGUGAUGUGACAUUAGAGUGCAACGUGGAGGCUUCCCCUAAAGCCAUCAACUACUGGGUGCGAGAGAACGGUGAUAUGGUGGUAGGCAGCGGUAAAUACGACGUCAAGGUGCACAUGCUGUCUACCUUCGAGAGUCGGAUGACGGUCACUGUAAGGAAAUUACAGAAGGACGACGCCGGCACGUACAGAUGCAUCGCUAAGAACUCCCUUGGAGAAGUGGAAAGCAGCAUUCGCCUCUACGUUCGUCUUACAGAUAUACCGACUCCGACGAAAGGAUACCCUGUCUCGGUGGAUCAGGACGACGACGAAGAGCAGUAUGGGUCCGCGGAGCGUGAGGAUGAAUUCUCGAACAGCGUGUUGGAGCGCAGUCGAGACGGAGGGCACACAACCUCUGGCCCUCGGGGCCACCUGACCGGCGCCCACGAGAACUACGUCCCUGCCGACCCCGCACCGAGCCAGUCCUGCUCCUUGGUCCCCAUGCUGUCGUCUCUUGUGCUGCUGCUCCUUAGGAUAUGACGGCCCGCUGUUCCCGACGCAUUUUUGUAGUGACAAUAACGUUUCAUUCCUUGUUUCCCCGAUUCUUGACCGUUUUUUAUUUCAAAACCCGUUUCAUGUGUGGUUUUGAUUGUAUAGUCUAAUCGUGUAUGGUAACUUAAAAGUAGCUGGCCAGCGGUAUCAGCGGCCGAGGAGACCAUACAGUAUGUUGCCUUAUAAUGUAUGUCAAAUAACUUAGAUUCAUAAGAUAUAGGCAAUCUAGUUACGAAAUGUCAUAUAAAUAUGUUAAACCAGUUGUUUGCUGAGAUGUAUUAAUUAUGUGUUAUUCUGGAAUUUAAGUCAUGCAAAUAAAUACGAUAAGUCCUCGUA